CGCACGACACGCAAGAUGUCCGCUCAAAUGUUCGCCUCCUCUACGGUCGCGCGCGCCGCGCCCGUCUCCAAGUUCGGCAAGAAGGCCGACGGCGUCUCCGCGCGCAAGGCGAUCGCCCGCGCGCCCAUGACGAACCGUCGCGUCCAGACCUCCCCCAAGGCUGCGUUCACCGUCUACGCCGCCGUCACGAAGCUCAAGACCGCGAUCGUCACCGGCGCGUCCUCCGGACUCGGGCUGUACACGACGAAGAGCCUGAUCGAGAAGGGCGACUACCACGUCGUCAUGGCGUGCCGCUCCGUGGAGAAGGCCGAGCGCGAGGCGAAGCGCUUGGGGUUCGACAAGUCCAAGUACACGGUCAUGGAGCUCGAGCUCGGUUCCCUGGAGAACGUCCGCUCGUUCGUGAAGAAGUUCCGCGGGAACGGCAAGCUCUGCAAGAACUUGCAAACCUUAAUCUGCAACGCCGCCAUCUACUACCCGAACGCGGUGGAGCCGACGUUCACCCAGGACGGCUUCGAAGAGACCGUCGGCGUGACCCACCUCGGGCACUUCCUCCUGUCCAACCUCCUCCUCCGCGAUCUCGUCGCCGCGGACGACCUCGGGAUCGACAAGCGUCUAUGCAUCGUCGGGUCCGUCACGGCGAACACGAACACGCUCGCCGGGCAGGUGCCGCCGAGGGCUGCCAUCGGGGACAUGUCCGGGCUCGCGAACGGCCUCAACGGCGACCGCAACAAGGGCGCGAUGAUCGACGGCGAUCGUUUCAUCGGCCCCAAGGCGUACAAGGACGCGAAGCUGUGCAACAUCCUGACGAUCAAGGAGAUGAACAGGCGCUGGCACGAGGAGACGGGGAUCACGUUCAGCACGAUGUACCCCGGGUGCAUCGCGGACACGCCGCUGUUCCGCAACCACACCCCGAUUUUCCGCUUCCUCUUCCCGCUCAUCCAGAAGUACAUCACGAAGGGGUACGUCACUAUGGAAGAGGCGGGCAACCGGCUCGCGUCCGUGAACAGCGAGCCGCAGUACACGAAGAGCGGCGCGUACUGGGCGUGGAAGGGCGGCGGCGAUCAGCUCAUGGACAACUACUGGGACAAUUCCAACCGCACGGAGGCGUUCGAUAACACCCCGAGCAAGGAAGCGGGCGACAUGCAGAAGGCGGCGAAGUGCUUCGACCUGUCCGUCGAGGUCGUCGGUCUCAAAGAGAAUGAGGUCGGCCCGAAGGCGGGGUCGUACAACUUCCUCAACCUUCUCGGUGGGAACAAGAAGAACUCGAAGACGCCCGUCGCCGCGUGAGCGAGAAUUUAUCCGACGAAUGCGUUCGAGCGAGGAGAAAGAAGGAGACCUCAUCGCGCGAGCGAUGCGACGAUUCGCAUCGCGCGCGCGAGAUGAGGAGGCGAUAAAAAUCGUUGAGGGUCGUCGACGUGUCGUCGUCGAUUCGAUUUGGCUCUGCGGACAGCAUCGUUAGAAGCCGUGACAUAAACACCACAUGUGCAUUUUCUUUUCGACU